AUGGUAGGAAAAAGCAAAAAGAAGCGCAAUAGCAAGGAUUCUACAUCUAGUAAUGCUGGAAGUGGUGAAGGCGAGGAAAAAAAGAAGAAAGAAGGCGGUAAGAAGAAAGGGGGCGUGGGAAAGUCCAUUGGCUGUGAUAUUUUCAAUGACGCUGCCAUGGAAAAUGCCUAUUAUGUGUGCCACAAUGUGCAGGACGUUCUUAAAUCAAGAGGAUUCGCCUGGCCAGAUGGACAGAAAAAGAAAAAGAAGGGAAAGCGCUAAGAGUUAAGUUUCAUUAACUAAUCA